UGUAGCGAAAAGCUAAAACAAAAUAACAAGCAGCUGUAAUUUUAUUGAGAUUUUUUUUAGAAAUUAAGUUUUAAAGUUAAGAAAAAAAAUGUUUUGUUGCUUACGAACGUGUCUCAACGAUCCAAACAAUGCACACAAUAUUCCUUUAAUUCAGGAGAAUCCAAUUUGCUUAGAUACUUCACAUAUGGGUCACGAAGUUGUCGUCAUCAAAGGCGGAACGCGAGCUUGCGGAUCCGGAUGUUGUCUCGCCACAGCACCUCUCGUCCAAUCCAAAUCCUAUUUCGAGGUGAAAAUCCAACAAGCUGGUCAAUGGAGUGUGGGACUCGCGACACGACAAACGAAUUUUAACAACACAAAAGGCGGCCAAGACAAGGAAAGUUGGUGUUUGUGUUCCGACGCGACAGUUUGUCACAACGCCGGUAUCGUUCAUCAGCUCGAAGAAAAGACAAACCCGACGACGACGGAAAAUGUCGUCGACAUGGAAAACGCGACAAUCCUCAAUUCGACGGGAAUCCCGCAAGAGGGCGACACAAUCGGCGUUUCCUUCGACCACAUCGAGCUUAAUUUCUACUUGAACGGCAAAAAGUUGGAAGUGCCCGUGCAUCACGUGAAAGGAGCAAUUUAUCCGGCGGUUUGGGUUGACGAUGGAGCGAUUUUGGACGUCGUUUUAGAUAAUUUCACAUACACGCCGCCGCCGGGCUUCGACAGGAUCAUGAUUGAACAGUCGUUGCUGUAAUAAAAAAUUCCUCAUAAAAAAAAUAAUUUUUCCCUCAAUCUCAACUGAUGCCUAACAAAAGUCACUUGAACACUAAAAAAAGUAACUUGGGUCUCAUUAAGGAACCAAUAAAUGGAAAAGUAGGAUAGUAAAUGUAUAAAAAUUAAAAAAAAAAAUAGAGAAUUAAGGAAAAAGUCUAUAAAUGUUGAAAAUUGCUGUAAAAUAUGUAACAAAAAAAAAUAUGAAAAAAAAAUAUUUAAAAUAUUUACUUAAAAAAUAAUUAUAAAAGAACUUAUGAAAUGUUAAACAAUGAUCAAAAUAUUGUUUUAAAAUUAAUUUAAUAUAAAAAAAACCAGUGAAA